AAGAAAAACUAAUAUCAAACGGGUGUUAAAGGAGAUAUUGAACGGUAGGGAUUCAUCUAAUUCUCUCAUCUCAAUUUGCAUAAUAUAAAUACAAAAAAUCCCUAAAAAAAUGGCGCAAACAAAAACCUACUCAGCCUCUCUCUCAGAUCUCGUGAAUCCAAUGGACCAAGAAGGAAGAGAUCCAUGUGAAGUAAAGAAGGCUUCUAUAGAGCCUAAAACUCCAACCGCCGAUGACCCGGAUUCCAUCUCUCUGUCUGAAGAGGAACUGAUAACCGAUGAAGAAAUCGUCGAGUCUAUCUACGACAGUCUCUUUCAAAUCAUUCUCGUAGUGCAACUACAGCAGGGCAGCGCUGAGACUUGGUGUUUUGACGAUUGCCCGACGCCUAGUUCGCCGGCGGCUACCAAAAAGGUUCCGGAUACUUGUCCCGGAGCUCCGAUGCAGCUCUCUAAGAUAUGGAGGAACAAUGGUUCUUCUGGGUCGGGAAGGCCUAGAAGGAUUCUCUUCUGAUUCUGACUGAUGAAUUGUUGUUGUUAGGUAUAAAACUAAAAAGAGCGUUUAGGGAUUGUGAUUGACUUAUGUUUGUACAGUCUUGUCUUUAUGAGAACUUAAUAGCUAAGCUUGUUGUUGGAGACAAUUCAGUUUUCUGAUUUAUAGAGGAAUAAUCACAAGUCUUUUUCUUUC